ACCUCUUAAACUUCAUCUGUGUAGUGUGUUUGAGAGUGAGAGAUAUUGGUUUAUACGGAUUAAAAUAGUUUAAACCCCGUUUGUUUCAAAAAUCAAAAUGAGUGGUGUUAUCAGUCGUGAUGUGAAUGGUGCUUUACCUUCAUUAAACCAAAAACUUCACUGUGGGAUAUUCCAUCCUGUGUUGAGAAAAUGGCAAUGUACAGAAAACAUAACAUCAUUUAACAUAAUGUACCCUGUUUUUAUUCUAGAUGUUGAAGAUGCAAAGACUGAAGUUGAGAGUAUGCCCGGAGUUUUUAGGUACGGGGUCAAUAGAGUUGUCGAUGAACUGAAGCCUUUAGUGGAAAAGGGUUUGAAAAGUAUUUUGUUGUUUGGCGUAGUGACACAUCUCUCAAAGGAUGACAGUGGUAUCAAUGCAGAUUCCAAGGAUAAUCCAGUUGUAAAAGCUCUCCCCAUUUUGAAACAAGCGUUUCCAGAUAUAAUUAUUGCAUGUGAUGUUUGCCUUUGCCCUUACACAAAUCAUGGACAUUGUGGCAUCUUGAGAGAGAAUGGCAGCAUUAAUAACAAUCUGAGCAUAGAAAGGAUUGCAGAAGUCGCUGUCUCGUAUGCUAAAGCUGGUUGUCAUGUAGUCGCUCCUUCAGACAUGAUGGAUGGGCGAGUAGCAGCCAUCAAGCAAGGUCUGGCUCGGGAAGGGUUAGACUCUACAGUGUCUGUGCUCUCAUACUCUGUCAAAUUUGCGUCAGCGUUCUACGGCCCGUUCCGUGACGCGGCCCAAUCCAGCCCCUCGUUUGGUGACCGCAAGGCCUAUCAACUACCACCAGGCAGCUCAGGCAUGGCUCUUCGUGCUGCGGCCCGAGAUGUAGCUGAAGGUGCAGAUCUAAUUAUGGUUAAGCCUGGUUUGGCGUACUUGGAUAUACUUAGGCAAACAAGACAAAACCAUCCCCAUAUACCACUGUUUGUCUACCAGGUGUCUGGGGAGUAUGCCAUGCUGUACCACGCUGCAAAAGCUGGAGCCUUUAGCCUCUUGGAUGGAGUGAGGGAAUCUCUCACCAGUUUCAGAAGAGCUGGAGCUGAUUGUAUAAUUACCUACUUCGCACCAAACAUUCUGGACUGGUUGGCAGAAGGAAAGCUUUAGCCCUCUUUGCUGAAGUUCUUUAAAAAAUGUUUAGUAGUCUGCUUUGUAGUGCUUUGCUGUAUUUUUCCAUUACCAAUAACCGUACAAAAACACUUUUGUAAACUAAAUUAUUUGUUUUUUUAAGCUCUUUAAAAAGGUCCAGAGAGAAAUUGCGAAACUUUGAGUUUUGGGGGUCAAAAUUUGAAAAACCAAAUUUUACCCCAUAAAACCCGGUUCCCAUGGUCCGAUCAUGCUGGUUCGCGAACUCAUUCAAGUUUAUCCCGCCUUACUUCAGGCGUUUAUUCUAUUCUAUCCUAACCUAACCUUACCUUUAAACCAAAUUUCAUCAAAAUCGGAAAAAAAUUACUCAAGUUAUCGCGUUUAUGGGAAAAUCACCAUUAAAAUCUAAAUUUUAAAAAUACAGUACGGUACUACACUACUACUAUGUAUUUAUAUUUGAUGAUAUUUGUAUUGUCAUUUGGCAAACCCCUUAAAAUAUGGUUUUAAGGGCUCUAGUUCUAAAUUAGUUUUGAAGAAAACUUAAAAUACCCCACACAGUUAUUUUGUA